AUGGCGGCGGAAGGAUCAUUGAGGAGGUUAAGGAUUGCUUGUGAGAGGGAAAAGAGGACUCUGUCAUCGACUGCACAGACCACAAUUGAGAUUGAUUCUUUGUAUGAAGGUAUUGAUUUUUACUCGACUAUUACUAGAGCGAGAUUUGAGGAGCUGAACAUGGAUUUGUUCAGGAAGUGUAUGGAGCCAGUGGAGAAGUGUUUGAGGGAUGCCAAGAUGGAUAAGAGCAGUGUUGAUGAUGUGGUUCUCGAGCUUUAUAAAAGCAUCGACCCAGAUGAAGCAGUAUCCUUUAAAGAGGGUCUUAAAGAGGUUUUUCAACGACCAGAAAACCAGCCAAAAAUGGCGGCGGAAGGUUCAUCACACUGGUGUAAAGGGAGGGGAAAGUGGGAAGGGAUACAAAGAAAAUCGGUGGAAGGAGGAGGAGAUCGAAAAUUUUAA